AAAGGGAAGAGUUGUCAUGGCGAAUGGUUUCCAAGAAAGACUUUCACUCACUUGCCAUUGAAGAAUCGAAGACAGUCCUCUCCUUUAUCAUUUUGGAAAUCUAAUAAACUCCAAUCUAAUUUUCUCAGAUUUUACAGCUUACAUGAUUCUCUCUUUCCAAUCCCAAGAACUUCUUUCCCCUUUCUCUUCUAUUAUCUAAUCCCCUUGCACUGCUUUUACCAUAAACCCUAAUUCUAGCAUCUCUCAUGGACCACCACCAUCAGCCUCCAAUGGGGGAUUCUGCUUCCAAAAUAUCAAAGCUUUGUAUAAAGAUCAAGAUUCCCAACACCCCCACCUCCGGCACUGCCAAGAAACCUGUUGGAGAAGGCGGCAGCGGCUCUACCGACGUCCAACGCCAACCAACAGGAUAUCGUGUCUGUGAGUUUUGUGGGAAGAUUUUUUCGUCUGGGAAGGCAUGGGGUGGGCACAAACGUCAUCAUCUCAAGAUCAUGAAGAAUAAUAAUGGUAAAAGAACCCAACAAGUAUCUCAUAUAAAGAUGAAGAAACAGAUGCAUGGCGGCUCCAACCGGUGUAACACCAUAAAAGCAGGUGAUGUGAUGAUUACUGGUGGAAAGCCAACUUGUUGUUUAUGUGGAAAAACUUUUCUUUCUAUGAAUUCUUUGUUUGGGCAUAUGAGAUUCCAUCCUGAUAGAGACUGGAAGGGGAUUCGACCUCCGUCUGCUCCUCUUCCAAGCUCUCCAAAGAAUCAGAUCAGUUCAGCCUCAGAAAUGGGUGCCUAUAGCAGUAUCGAUUUGCUGGAUUCUUUGUCAAGCUCAGGCAGCUGGCAGAAGAAAGGCAAACGAGGAAUAUGUGCAGCUGAUUUGAUCGCUGAGGCAGCUCGUAGCCUGUUGAGAUUGUCUCGCGACGUUGGGCUAUCCACACAACCAGCUUAUGUAGAUCUUGAGACGAGUGGGUCUGCAACUAAAUCCUUGGGAAAGGACAUUAGAACUGAAACUGGGUCUGGGUCUGAUGAUAUUAUUAUGAACCACAGUGAUGAAUUUUGUGAAUUGGAGACCAAGAAGAAGAGAAGGAAAAUGAAUUAUAUAAACAAGUUAAGCAAUUAUGAAACGGAGCCUUGUGAAUUCAAAUACAGCAGCUGUGAUAAAUCUUUCUCAACUUUUCAUACACUUGGAGUUCACAGCUCAUCAGUCAAUUGCAAGAAGAAGAGCAAUGAACUUGAGAGUGAAUCAGCAUUGAUAGAUGACGAUGCCUCUGCGACCGAAGAAAUUCCUGCUACAGAAUCUGACGAUGAAACAGAAGAGACUGCAGAGGAUGAACCAGACCUUGUAUCGUCAAUGGAGACUUCAUUUCAUUCUGAUAUUCGUAACCAAACAGAUCCCACAGGUCAGGCACUUGGUGGGCACAAGAAAUCUCUAUCAAAUGAAGCAGUUUCGGCAGAAGCAAGUAAUGUUGAAUCUCAGACAGCAUCAUCUGAAAAAUUUCUGCUAUUCAGGCUGGACAUGGGAUGAUAGGCAUUGAUCUAAACAAGCCAUAUGUGAUGCAGGACGGAGAAGGGAAUUUGAACUUUCAAUGUGGAUUUGAUCACUAAGCUGCUGCUGCUUGUCUAUCAGUUUGGUGUAACUUUCAGAUUUAGUACAUGGUUUCAGAAUCAUCAUCCUGGAAGUUAAAGGUUGCUGCUUUUUGCCAAAUAAAGUUAAAUUUCAUUAUUUGUAUUGAUUUAUACCAUCUAAUCUAAGAAUGAACUGAAUUAUGCUCUGAUUAUAUAUAAUUCAAUUUUAGGCUUAACUGAGUUCGCCAUACGC